GAAAAAUAAGCAUCCAUCUCCUCGGUUCAGCCCACAGGAAACGAACACACACGAGCGCGGGCACGAGCGAGCGAGCGAGAGAGAGAAAGAUGGCGAAUCUGUUCCUGAAGCAGGCGAAGCACUACGCGGCGGCGCGGCCGGACUACCCGGCGGAGCUCUUCCAGUUCAUCGCGUCCAAGACGGCCCGCCAGGACCUCGCGUGGGACGUCGGCACCGGCAGCGGCCAGGCCGCAGUCUCGCUGGCGAAGCUGUACAAGAAGGUGGUGGGCACGGACACGAGCGCGCAGCAGCUGGCCUACGCGCCGGCCCUCCCCAACGUGCGCUACGCCCACACCCCGGCGGACCUGCCUCUCGACGGCAUGCACGCGGCCGUCGCGCCGCCGGGCUCCGUCGACGUGGUCACCGUCGCGCAGGCCUUCCACUGGCUCGACCUGCCGCGCUUCUACGCGCAGGUCCGCUCCCUCCUGCGCGCGCACGGCGUCCUCGCCGCAUGGUGCUACACGGAGCCGCGCGUGGGCGCGGCCGUCGACGCCGUCUUCUGGCGCCUCUACGACGGAUCGGAGCCGCACUGGGCGCCCAACCGGAAGAUGGUCGACGACGAGUACCGCAGCGCCGACUUCCCCUUCGACCCCGUCGACGGCGAGACCCACACGGGCCCCUUCGAGUUCUCCACCCAGCGCCGCAUGGACCUCGACGACUACUUCACGUACAUCAAGUCCUGGUCCGCGUACCAGACCGCCAAGGACAAUGGCGUCGAGCUGCUCGACGCGGCCACGGUCCAGGAGUUCGCCGACGCGUGGGGCGGCGACCGCGAGGAGGUCAAGACGGUGAGGUACCCCAUCUUCCUCAGGAUCGGCAAGGUGAGGCCUUAAGAAUAAGAUGCAAGUGGCCUUGAGAAAGCGACGCUUUCAAGUUUACAGGACCAAGUGAUUUUUGGCAUUCUGCUACUACUACCCCUUCCUAUUCCUAUUGCUAUUCCAAAUCCAGCGUGUAACAAAUUAAAUGGUAUUCCUAGUAUCCAUCCCAUUUUCUAGACAAAUAAUUGUAAACUGUGGAUGUUACCCUUGUCUAUCGUAUAGUAUAUGAAUGUACCACCCUGACAAUUGAUGAAUAA